UACUCGAAUUGAAGAUCGGAUCGAGGUUUCAAAGUCCCUGACGAGGAGCAACAACGCGCCAGUAUGUUCCUUUCGUUACUGAAGUUCCAGACAGCAAAAAUGAAGACGUUACUCUUGGCCGUUUUCGCGUUGCUGUGCAUUCAAGCGGUGUUCAGCGUAGAUCCUAACGAACACAACAAAGUAGUUUGCUAUUGGAAUAGCACGGCUUACGAAAGACAAGGUCCAGCCAAAUUUCAAAUUGAAGACGUUAGACUCGCUUUAUCUCUCUGCACUCACCUUAUCUACGGAUAUGCUCACAUCAAUUCUGACUUCGAGAUUGUUCCCGGCUCACCGAGUUUAGAUACCGGAUCGGGUUACUCCUAUUACAGACUCGCCACGCAACUGAAGAGAUCGUUUCCCGAUUUGAAGGUUUAUCUGAGCGUCGGAGGAAACUCCGAUCCUUACGAUGAGGAACACAAGUAUCUCGUGCUGACCGAGACUUCAGAAGGCAGAACGAAGUUUAUCAACUCCGUGAACCGUUUGCUGAACGAUUACGACUUUGAUGGAAUCGACCUGGCAUGGCAGUUUCCACCAGUAAAGCCCAAGAAAAACCGUGGCACUUUUAGUUCCAUCUGGCACGGUAUCAAGAAGAAGCUCGGCUACGGGAAAUUCAAGGACGAGAAGGAGCAGGAGCAUCGCGAUGGUUUCACGAUUCUGGUUCGUGAUUUGAAAACGCAAUUGAGACCGAGAUUCAAGGCCCUGACUCUCACGGUGUUGCCUCACGUUAACGCCAGUGUUUACUACGAUGCCAGAUUAUUGGCGCCCAACAUCGAAGCCGUGCAUCUAUUUGCUUUCGAUCAAAAGACGCCGGAGCGCAAUGCGAAGGAGGCCGACUUCCCAGCACCAAUUUACGCCAGUUACGGCCGUGUUGCCGAAGAUAAUAUUGAUGUUCAGGCAAGUUACGGACACGAGAGAGAUGACAAUAUUGAUGCUGCGGCAAGAUACUGGUUGGAGCAUGGGACUCCUGGCAGCAAGAUUGUCAUCGGCAUUCCUACGUACGCUCGCACGUGGAAACUGACGGCUGACAGCCAGAUUUCUGGCGUACCGCCCAUCGUGACUGAUGGCCCGGGUACACCCGGACCUCACACCAACGAGCCGGGAUUGCUGUCCUACGCCGAGAUGUGCGCCAGGCUGACCGAGCACGCGGUGGGACGACUGCGACGAGUCAGCGAUCCGUCCAAGAAGUACGGCAGCUAUGCUUAUCAGGCCUACGACGGUGACACUGGAACCGAAGGAAUCUGGGCGGGUUAUGAGGAUCCGGAUACCGCUGGUAACAAGGCUGCGUAUGUGAAGUCCAAGGGUCUCGGCGGUGUGGCGAUCGUGGAUCUCUCCCUGGAUGACUUCCGGGGCGUUUGCACCGGCGAGAAGUACCCUAUCAUCAGAGGAGCUAAAUACAAGCUGUAGAGAUGAGCGGAGAAGAUUCGAAAUCGCGAAUCGGCAAUCGGAAUCGAGAUUUGGAAAUCUAGCCGCGAUAUCCGAGCGAGAGGAUUUUAAUUGAUUUCGGAAAAGGAAUAUUUUGGAUGCUGGUCGUGAUCCUACUACAGUGAUCGUAUUUAUAUGUCGUCCUAUAUGAGCUGUAUAUUUCGAGACUUUUAACGAGGAAAUUUUUAACGAGCGAAUUUUAAUGAGGAUCGUAAUGCCGAUAUUUUAGAUGUAUUUUACUUGAGAAUAAUAAAAAUAUCGCUGCUUUAUUA